UUGAUGAGACAAAAUAUGAACUAUGGACCUUCAAACGUCCACCUCCCUGUGCUGACCAAUGGCUUUCGUCUGCUCGGACCUCUGCGUUUACGCACAAUGUCGACGAUUUCGCGACGGUCCCUCAGUCCCUGGCUCUAUUGUCUGCGCUACAGGAACUUGACUAUGCAGUUCGCUGCCAGAGCAGGCCUGAGCGCAGCUCGCCACGCAUUUCUCCCCAGACUCAGGACACCACGCUUCAAUCAACUGCGCAGCAUGUCUCAGGCCAGAACCCCAGUUACUCUGCUGGGCUCCAUGGCGUUUGGGGGACGCGCGGACGCGCACCUGAGCGCGCAGCUGGUGCAGCUGUUCUUAGAGCGCGGCCACGAGGAGCUGGACACCGCGUUCAUGUACAAUGAUGGACAGGCGGAGACCAUCAUAGGAAACAUGCAGCUUCCCAAAACAGUUCGAAUCGCGACUAAAGCAAACCCCUGGGAGGGAAAAACACUCAAACCAGAAAGUGUCCGGAAUCAGCUGGAGACGUCCCUGAAGAGGCUGCACACACAAUGUGUGGACCUGUUUUACCUGCACGCACCGGACCACCAGAACCCCAUUCAGGACACAUUACAGGCCUGCAACCAGCUGUAUAAAGAGGGCAAAUUCAAACAGCUGGGCUUAUCAAACUAUGCAUCAUGGGAAGUGGCAGAAAUCUAUUGCAUCUGCAAACACAAUAACUGGGUGCUUCCUACUGUAUAUCAAGGCAUGUAUAAUGCAACCACACGACAGGUGGAGACUGAGCUGCUGCCAUGUUUGAGAUACUUUGGCAUCCGUUUCUAUGCAUACAAUCCCCUGGCAGGUGGGCUUCUGACUGGAAAAUAUCACUAUGAAGAUAAAGAAGGCGCUCAGCCUGCAGGUCGAUUCUUCGGGAACAGCUGGGCUGGUACUUACAGAGACAGAUACUGGAAGGAGAGCCAUUUCCAAGGCAUAGAUGGAGUUCAGAAGGCUCUGGAAGCAGCGUACGGCUCAGAGAAACCCACCCUGACAUCAGCUGCUAUUCGCUGGAUGUACCAUCACUCUCAUCUCAGGGGUGAUCUGGGUGACGGGGUCAUUAUCGGGAUGUCCAGCAUGGAGCAGCUGAAUGAGAACCUGACGGCAGCAGCAGAAGGCCCGCUCAAACAGGAAGUCGUGGAUGCUUUCAAACACGCCUGGGAUUUAGUGGCCCACGAGUGUCCAAACUACUUCCGCUAGACGCCCCGUGAUUUAUAAGAACUAAUACAGAGAUCACUUUAUUUUUUCUAUGUUCAUAUUUUGUGAGUGAACAGUGAUAAUUGAGUUGAACCAGUCUUCAGCUUCCUAAUAAACACAAUCACAAAAUUAAACAUCUCUGAGCUCACAAACACUUGAUUUUUCUCCAUGUUUACACGAGAAUGCAAUACAAAUAAAUGUGAUAAUGGCAUUUUGAUGAAUAACUGUUUUGUUGUCAUCUUGCCAAAAAACUUGCUAAAAUAACUUCUAUUUAACAAUAAUAAUAAAAGAGUACAGUGUUCAGUAAGUCAUGCUAAACUUUGUAUUUUUGUAGAAUAUUGUAGACAAUAGAAACUAAACAGUGUGCAGAUGACUGUGAUAGUAAUGCGCAGCUCACUGAAAGAACACUCAAUAAAACGUUUCAUGGUUUUAUGUUGGAUCAACACAA